GAGAGAUUUCACUUAGAAAACAUGUGUGACUUGUCGUGUGAACACCAAAUCCUCGUUUAGAACUUUAAAAAUCACCAGUUGAGAAGACUAUUAUGGCUCGUAAAAAGAGCAAAUCUAAAAAGGCAGCCCAGAGGAAACAAAACCUUGCAGAGAAUGACUAUGGGAAAGCUCCACAUACGUUUGUCUUCAAUAGGGGCAGGGUCGGAAAGAACGGCUUGCAGCUUAUGCUUGAUACGAGGCAAAUGAUGGAGCCUUACACCGCAUCAAGUCUUCGAGCCCGUAAGAAGAACACUCUGAAGGACUUUGUUGGAGUAGCUGGUCCUCUUGGUGUUUCUCACUUUCUGUCCUACACAAAGACAGACUCUGCAAUUCAUAUGAGAAUAAUGAGGCUGCCCAGAGGACCAACCUUGACCUUCAAAGUUCACAAGUACACUUUAGCUAAGGAUGUUGUAUCGUCGCUACGGAAACCCAGCAUGUAUGCAUCUCAGUUCCUGCAUCAUCCUCUUCUCAUCCUCAACAACUUCAACGGGAAUGAACUGCGCUUCAAGCUCAUGACCACCAUGUUCCAGAAUAUGUUUCCAUCUAUCAAUGUCAACAAGAUUCAUCUGAAUGACAUCAGAAGGUGUGUUCUGCUCAACUACAAUGCAGAGACCGAGCGGAUAGAGUUCAGGCACUAUUCCAUCAAGGCUGUUCCAAUGGGAAUGAGCCGAAGCACCAAGAAACUUCUCCAGAGUAAAGUUCCCAAUCUAGGACGUUACCAGGAUGUCAGUGACUUCUUCCUAAACACCGGUCAGUUGUCCGAGAGCGAGGCAGAGCUGGACGGAGAACACAAUGAAGUGACCCUGCCUCAGAGGCUCGCUAGCCGAGGCAACCUGGACAACCAGAAGAGCGCCAUCAGGUUAAUAGAGAUUGGACCUCGGCUACAGCUUGGCCUCAUAAAGAUAGAAGAAGGUCUAGGUGAAGGGGAGGUACUCUAUCAUGAAUCCAUAACAAAAACAAAGGAGGAAAUUUCAGCAGCCAGAGAGGUGAAAUUCAGGAAGAAGAUUGCAAAGAUCAAGAGGAAAAAGCAGCAAGAGGCAAAUGUAGCCAAGAAACAGCAGGAAAAUGAGGAAAACAAGACACGUUCCAUUCAAGGGAUGAAGAGGAAGUACGGGAAGGAGGACGGCGAAGGGAAGAACGAAGGAGAAGAUGAAGAGAAGAAGGUGGAGGAGGAUGACGAUAGGCAGUAUUACAGAGACGCAGUGGGAGAGGAACCUGAUGCAGGUCUGUUUCCGAAAAAGAGAUCAAAAUCUUCUGAGGGCACCAGAGGCAGAGGCAGGGGCACCAGAGGCAGGGGCGAGAGCAGAGGCAGGGGCGACAACAAGCGGCAGAAAUUUGGAUCUCAAGAUCGUAGCAGAGGAGGAUCAGGGGAACGAGGAGGAGGAGGGGGAAGAGGAAGAGGAGUACCUGACUUGGAAGUCUCCUUCACUGCAAUGCGUUUCAUCGACGACAGAGACCUAAGGCAGUGGGUCCAGGAGAACCUGCAACGAAAGCUGGUCCAACAGGCACACGAGCUUGCAGUGCAGACAGGGUGCGAAGUGCUUGUUCGGUUUCAAGAUGGACGGGAGUCUCCACAUUGCAAGUACUACGUCACAGACAGGAUGAAGCAUGACUACGUGAAUUACGGCGUCCGGGCUGACCCUGGUGACCUGCCGAUGUCAGGUGAAUCAGGAUUGCCCAAGAAGUAUGUCCACGACUUCACAUGCCAGGUGGCUUGUGAACCCACUGGCCCUAUCCCCUACGCACCGGAGCACACCGAAACACACGAGGCUGAAAUCAUUCGGGUACAACAGCAUCCCAAUAUAUCUGUGCAAGGUGUCCAUUGUAGUGAGGAGUGGCAAAGGCUGUACAGGGAGAGAUUGUGGACCCAGCAGACUUCGACGUCAUCCACGUCAAAAUUAGAAGCAGCCAUCCACUCAGAGGUUCAAAGGCGAUCGCCAGGCGCCAAUGGACAACGACCGUAUGUAUAUCCAGCAAGUGCGUUGAUUCAGUCGGAUGCGUCCGUACCUACUGCGACGGAGAGCCACAUCGUGUCACAUCUAGAUGACAACGAUGCUGCUCUACGAAAUCUGAAGCAGUUACACCUCAAAAGACUGAUGAGGCGUGAGAUAGAACAAGAGGCACCCACCGCCACCGCCACCUCCACCACCACCAGAGCCAUGGCCACCACAACCACAACAAGAACUCCAAACACAGGAUGUCAGGACGAAUGGUCUCGGCUUUGA